CAGCUCCAUGGCGGCCUUGCCCCGCGCUGGUGUCGGUGCGGCUCCUGGCUGAGGGCAGCGCUGAGCUCUGCAGCCGGUUGUGUCGGAUGGAGGCGCUUACAGACAAACACGGAUCGGUUGCUGCUCCCUGAAGCCGCCCGGCGUUUCCUCAUGGCGGGCAGCCAGCCCCGGGUUCGUCGUACUGUGGAUGUGAGGCGAUAGGCUGCGGGGAUGGCGGGCACCGAGAGCGGGGCCUUGUCCUCGGUGUUGGCCGAAUGGAGCCUGUUGCUCUGGACGCUGUGUGCCGUGCUGCUGCCGGUGCUGGUCACUCUAUGGUGCAGCUCCCAUCGCUCCCGGCGGCAGAUGCUGAUCCGUGACAUCUUCUGUAAGAGCAAACACGACUGGCAUUACACAGACCUGUUCGUGCAGCCGUCCUACUGCUGCGUGUGCGCUCAGCACAUCCUGCGAGGAGCAUUCUGCUGCUGCUGCGGGCUGCGGGUCUGCGAGGGGUGUCUGAAAAAGGCCGAGCAGCAUUUCCACUGCAAGGAGAUCGUGAUGAGGAGCGAAGGAGGAGCAGCACGCGGCUCUAUGCAGCACCACUGGAUCAGAGGCAACGUCCCGCUGUGCAGCCACUGCAUGGUGUGCAGGCAGCAGUGCGGCACGCAGCCCAAGCUCUGCGAUUACAGAUGUGUGUGGUGUCAGUGCACUGUCCAUGAUGAAUGCAUGUUGGAUUGCUUAAAGGUUCAGGAAUGCACCUUUGGAGAAUUCAAAGACUUAAUUAUUCCACCCUACUACUUGUCUACAAUCGACCAGAUGCGUAAAGACAGAAGAACUGAUUAUGAAAAGGUGGUUCCUUACUGCAGAGAGCACUGGAUCCCGGUAAUCGUACUGGCAAACACUCGUAGUGGGAACAACAUGGGCGAAACUUUACUAGGAGAGUUUAAAAUUCUGCUGAACCCCAUUCAGGUUUUUGAUCUUAGCAAAAUCACACCUGCUAAAGCACUGCAACUGUGUUCCUUGCUGCCUUGCAAUGCUGCCAGGAUUCUUGUCUGUGGUGGGGAUGGUACAGUUGGCUGGGUCCUGGAUGCAAUCGAUGAAAUGAAGAUAAAGGGGCAAGAACGCUUUAUUCCACAAGUUGCAAUUUUACCUCUGGGAACAGGUAAUGACCUGUCCAACACACUGGGCUGGGGUGCAGGUUAUGCUGGAGAAGUCCCUGUGGAACAAAUCUUACGAAAUGUCAUGGAGGCAGAUGGAGUCGUGCUGGACAGAUGGAAAGUUCAAGUGACAAGCAAAGGGUACUACAACUUAAGGAAACCAAAGGUAUUCACAAUGAACAACUACUUUUCUAUAGGACCUGAUGCUCUAAUGGCUUUAAAUUUCCAUGCCCAUCGCGAGAAGACUCCCUCGCUGUUUUCCAGCAGAAUUAUUAAUAAGGCUGUUUAUUUUUUUUAUGGAACCAAAGACUGCUUAGUACAAGAAUGUAAAGAUCUUAACAAGAAAGUUGAGCUAGAGUUGGAUGGUGAGAGAAUCGAGUUACCCAAUUUGGAAGGCAUUAUAGUCCUGAACAUUGGAUACUGGGGAGGUGGCUGUAGGCUCUGGGAAGGAAUGGGUGAUGAACCUUAUCCCUUGGCAAGACACGAUGAUGGACUUCUGGAAGUUGUUGGAGUUCAUGGUUCCUUCCACUGUGCUCAGAUUCAGGUGAAGCUAGCAAAUCCUGUUCGUCUGGGGCAGGCACAUACAGUGAGGGUGUGUGAUUAGAACUGAAGUGACACUCGGCAGAAAUGGACAUGCACAGCAGUUACCCGUGCCCCGAUCCAGGAGAUGCUGCUGCUUAACUCGGUAAGUAGAGCUUUAUUCUACAAAACUGACACCAUCAGUACAUUUACAAUUGUUUAACCGUACUUCUAUCACUCUUAAGGCAUUUUACGCCUCCCUCUUUAAUCUAUAUCCUGACUGCAUCCAACCCUACUACAUAAUAAAAAUGUGAAUUACUUUAAACAAUAAAGGACGGGCUGUGCCAGAGGACAGUACCACAAUACUCGUAACUUAUCCAAGUACAGAUAAAAGAGGCACCAGCACAUUCUGUUUGCAUAUAGUUCAGCCCAGACUACACAUUUUUGUCUGGAAGUGGAGGAUCGUGAAAGUUGGAAGACACAGAGUGUAUCGAUUGGCUCUAUUUUCUGCUCUAGUUUUUAUGUUUGGAUUGGAGGGGGAAUCUCUCUCAUUUGAGCUCAAAGCUGAGGCAUAAAACGCCGGUUCCCACAGUGAUACAAUACCAUCCGUUCUUUUAUCCACAGACGCAUUCACUGCAAGUUUGACAGCAUCUUUAAGGUUAAUGGCAGACUGAUAAGCAGCGUGUAUCAUGUUGUGGUCCAUUUCUAUUACUGGGACAAAGGCCUCUUUUAUUGAUGUUCGUUGCAGCGCUGCUGCUCUCUGAAAUGAGAAACGGAAAAUCUCAUGCAGACCAUCUUGUGUGAGAAAUACAAGCAGGUGACCUUAAAUGGGCUGAGUUUUGGGCAUUUAUCUCAAAUGCAAAAGAGCACAGGUGACAAUCAGGCAAAGCCGUGGCACAAUUUCAGCAGCAGCUCAGCAGCACAUAAGCGUUACUUCCUGAUACCUGGAGCAAUAAGAAAGCUCUGCCUCGCAGCACAGAGAUGUAACUCCUCCUCAUGGAGACGAGUUCUCUCCCUCAGUGGCCUUUCUGCACACAGCAGAAAUAGUGGCAGAACUGGGGAGAGGUGGAAUCGCAGACAGCACUUUGUUCCAGUGCUCUUUCACUCGUGUUUGUGUAUUUAUCAGUACAUCUUGUUAUAGGAGGUUCUUGCAUGUGACUGCUUUAUCAUUUGACUAAAAGGAUUUGGAAAGCAGGACGACCAGGGCAGUUCUUUAUGAAUCUAUAUUCUAAAACCCCAAAGAAUCAGAUUUGAACCUAAAGGACACGUUACCUUUAAAAAGAGAACGUCAUCCCCUUCGGUCAGUGCCAUCUCAAUCUGGUCUCUCAGAGACUGAAUUUCAUUCUUCUUACUUCCCAGAAUUUUAUAUAUGUAAUCGAACUUAUUGCAAACUCUUUUUUCUUCUUCCAUAACUACUUUUAGGGUCUGGUUUUCUUUUUCUUCAAUUAAAGCUUUAAUUUCCAUAAACUCAGCUCUCAGCAGAUCCCGCUUUCUGGCAGCUGUCUCCUGGAGCAGACACAAAAAGGCAGAAACUGGCUUCAAACCAAGUUAGGGGGAAAGCGCUGCUACUGUGGGCAUGUAAACUCCAAUUACUCACAACUGGCAAUAGAAAAGCUCUCAGCACACACACCAACCCCGGCCAUCAGGUGAGAGCAGGGCUGAGCUGUGCUCACUUGUGGAAAAGAGCUCUCCCACAUUUCUGCUGUAGUGCAGCCGUUGCUACUCACUGCUGCUUUAGGUUGGGCUGCACAGAUGCACAAUCUGUGCUGCAGUGGGAAUGGAUGGGUUCAUCUCAGUUACUCCCGUGUGGGUGCGAACCACCCCUGUAAGGAGGCUGUGUUUGUUCCCAUCCUUAGGGAGCUGCCAAAACGGCUCUUUUCUGAUCCUUCUCAGUGAGAUUUCUUCCUGACAAGGCAGUUUCAGUACAAGGACUGCCACAAGAGCACAAACAACAUUCAGGAGCCAGCACACACCAAGCAAACAGCGCUGUAACUUACAGCAGCUUGACUCUGGAUUGUUUUCACAGAGUUCAUUGCUUGCACGGAUCUUUCACUCUGGUUGUGCAGCUCCACCAGCCUCUUCUUCAGUGCAGCCUGCAAAAGAGGAGAGCAGAGAGCAGCUUAGAAAAGGCGUUGCCAUGCUGUCAGUCGGGUCAUGGUUACUGGAGUAAGAAUCACAGUAGGGAGUUGUUGAUAACCACUGUAAGCAUUCAGUACCACCCGUUUAAAACCCAUUGCUCCUUUAGCAGUGCUGUCGUGCACGCACACAGUUUGUGGGGUCAGCACCCCCAUAGCCACACCUUUCCAAAAGCAAGAUGGGCGUCCUUGAGUCACUGCUGAUAAGGAGAACUCUUUCAUCAGCGGAGCAGCUCCCAGCGCUGCAAAUAAACUUUGCUUUAGCUCUUAGCCUGGACUUCGGGCACUGGGUAAAUACUGCUGUUCACCCCUCGUUGUGACAGAGGAUUUUUGUUCUCAGAUAUGAUUGGAUCGCAUCUGAGGAAUGCUGCUAAGCGAAGUCAGAGGGGCUGUCUUAAGUUAAUCCCGGUAUCUGGGCAGAUCGCCCCAGGGAGUGUCUGCAGGGAGCUCAGCUCGGGGCUGCCCCGUUCUCACCUCGGUUUUAUCUUUGGCCUCCUGCAGCGUGCUGGUGUGGCACGGCUUGUGGCUCAGCAGGCACAGCGAGCAGAUGCAGCAGCCGUGCUGGCUGCAGAAGAACUCAAAGAGCUUGUUGUGCUGCGGGCACUUUCUCUGCUGCAGGUCCCGCACGGGCGGGCACAGCCGAUGGUCGCGGAACGCCGGGCUGUCGUGGUGCGGCCGCAGGUGCUCGGGGCAGAAGGAAGCCAUGCAGGUGAGGCAGGUCUGCGUGGCGGCCGCCUGCAGGCAGCUGUCGCAGUAGAUGAGGGUCGCCGCCUCCCGUUCUUCCUCCUCGCUCUCAUCGUCCUCCUUGCCGUCCCCGGUCCCGCUGCCCCGCAUCUGCUCCACCACCCGGCACAGCACCGUGUUCUUGCGGAGCUGCGGGCGGCUCGGGAAGGUGGCGCGGCAUUGAGGGCAGCUCAAGUCCCGCACCUGGCCGGCCCAGGUGAGCUCCAGGCAGGAGGCGCAGAAGUUGUGUCCGCAGGGCACCGUCACGGGGACGUUGAAGAUGCAGAGGCAGAUGGAGCACGUCAGCUCCUCCUCCAGCUCCAACAGGUUCGGCUCCGACUUAGUUCUGCUCAUCGACGCCAUUAUCCCGCUGCUGCCUCCAGACCCCGAGGAAACGAAACUGGGGCUGCGGAUUUCCGUAAAAUUACGAACCAUCUCCCCGCCUCGAGGGGCGCGGCGGGUCCGCCCCGGGUUGAGCCCAGCGGGGGCGGCGGACGGGGCGGGACGGGCAGGCGGGGAAGCAGCGCGGGUUGCGGUGUCCCGGGGAGCUGCGAUCCGUGCGGGCGCUGGAGCGGACCGAGCCGGCGAAGUACGUGUGUGCGGUUUUCUUGCGUUGUUCUGAGCAAAGGCAGCACUGACACUUCAACACUGAAAGGGCAAAAGGGUUCGGCUGUAAAGGUUUCAGAGCACACUCGGCUGAACACGCUGGGACACCGUUUUGUCUGGGUUCGUUUGUAUUGUGCUGGUUCUAGGCUGAGUUCUGUCACCAACACUGUUUAUCCUCCUCUCUAAAUUACAGAAGCAUAAAAUCCUUAAACUUUUCUUGAUGUUUUCAGGUGAACCCUGUAUAGAACUGUAAGGUCUGGCCAUUCAUGUCAUGCUCUGCAGUAAAGAACCAUGGACGUCAAUAUAUUUUUCUUUCAAUGCUGGAUUUUAAUGAUCCUUACAACAAGUUCUGUAUAGCAGUUACGCUGCUCUAGACAAAACAGGACACAGCAGCAGAGCCACAAACACAGCACAAGGUCAUCAUUUAUAUUUUCUAUCAAACUAUUCCAGUUUUGCCACUCACAAAAGUAGAAUAUAAAAACUAAGAUUCUAUUAAAAAAAAUAAAUCAAACCUACAUUAAAUCUAUAACAAACAAAGCAUUCUUGGAUUAACACAAAACCAUCUCUUAAGAAAACAGUGUUUAUUUUAAAACCAUUUAUGGAAAAUAACCAGCAGCGCAUUUGCUGCCCUCAGAACUGGACGGCAGCAUCUCAUGAAACAAGUCCACACAAGGAUUUACUCGUGUUCACAUCUCAGACUGCUCCGUUUUCAGUGCCUGAUCCAUUCAUUGGAGGCUCAACGAUCAAUCUGGGCUCAAUCAGCGAAUCCCAACUCUCAGUUAUCUGGAAGCAAAAUCCAACAUUAGCGCGUACAAGGUGUACAGGCAGGUGCAAUUUCUUCUGCAUCACAAGUUGUUUGGAUGUGAACAGCAGCAGCACAGAACAAAGGUCACAGAUCAUUGCUCCAAUUCAGUGAUCUUCAUCAGCCUUAACCUGCUGAUGUGCAGGUAGGAAAACCAGAACCUCAUGGAGGUUCGUGGAGCCAAAAAGUUACACAAAGUGGUGACUUUCUGAGUCUAAUUAACUGAAAUAAUACGCAAGAGUUUAUUAUCUCAUGAUAAUUCCCAUUCUUGUUAGAAAGGAUUAUUUUUGCUUUCAUUUACUUUAAUGAAACGCUCCAUUAUAAAAGGACAGCAUUGUAAAGCAGGGAAACGUGUCAGCACAACCACGCGGCAGCCUUCAGAACAAGGCAGGCACGUACCUUUGUGUCCUGAGGCACAGCGUAUUCUAUCAGCUCGGCCCCAUCUGCAGACUGAUAAACCAGAUCAAACUUCCCUGGUUCUUUAGCAACUUUUGAAAACACAGCAAAAAAACCCACUUAGUUAGUAUAAACAGACAGGAAAAUGUUUACAUUUUUACCGUAUUUAUAGAGCUGGGUCAAGCACAGUUGGAUGUGUGGGGAUCUUUUUAUUUGUUUGUUUGUUAGGAUGUGGUUUUUUGUUAAACCAUUACUCCAAGCAGCUGCAAUAAUACAGCCUCCAUUCCUUCAGGCAGACAGCGCAGCUAUAAGAAUAACGUCACUGCACUCAGCCUUUAUCACAGCACAGUAAGGGUGUCUCACAUUAUCAGCCGGUGUGGGAUGAGCUCUCAGCAUCUUCUGAAUUGCAUUUCAGCUUUUGGAACUCUAACAGCAUCUGCUGAGAACUGAAUUCUACACACUAAAAGUAAGGUGGUUAUCUAAUAAAAUCGUGUGCCUGAGAAAAUUCAUCAAAAUACGCUGCCUAAACAUGAGAAAAUGCUCCACUAAUGACUCAUUCCCACCAAUAUAAAGGUCAGGUGCUGCACACAGCAUUGCUGCCGGGUCACUGCAUGGGCUCCUUCCACAGCCUCACAAACAAACAGCAAUGGGACCUAACGUGUUCUCUGGAAUUUCGUACAGCCAAAUUAAUUUGUCAGGAAAUGGCACAGUGAUGAGGAUGAGACAAAUCUCAUUUUGCAACCUUAUAUGAGCAACUUAAAGACUAGCAAGCAUCAAAACUGCCCAAUUUAAACAGACUUCUGAGGGAAAGAGUGAGCAGGGAAGAGGAAGCUUAAGAAAGAAGCAGAGGAUUCACUCCCCAAACAGGCAGCAUGUCUCACACUGGCUGCUCCCCAAGUGAUGCACAGAACAAGCAUGCAGUGUCCAGGGUACGUACUUUGGCUUGCUGAUGAGGAAAGGAUCUCAAGCUCAAUCUGUUUUUUAUCAGCAUUCCAACUGAUUAUUCUCCCCUCCUUCAUAAGGGAACAAGAAAAGAAUCAGAUAGGAUAUAAUUCAUUGCUGGAUAACCAUUCCAUGUUACAGCCACUCUGAUUACAAUUACAGGAAGUGUUUGCUCAUUUUUUCUCUAUAUAUAUACAAAAUCUGCAAGCCAUUAAAAUUAAGCAAUCUGCACUUCCUGGCACAGAUAAACUCAUGAUACCAUCACUGACCAUGCUGUAGUUUAAAUCACGGCCUGCCUAGAAGCCAAGUUACUUCAAGUAGAUGCUGAAUUUACUUACACCAGGAUCAGGAAUUUGUCUUGACUUUUAAGAGCAAUGUACUCAAAUACAGCUCCAGUUUUCUCCUUGAA